GGGCGUGGCUGUGUCGAUAUGGCAGCUAACGAUUUCUUUCGAGACAGGAAUUGCUCCGUUACACCAAGUGGAAGACCAGCAACAAGGGCCAGGAAAGCAGCAAUGCUCCUAUCAAAUAACCAGCAUCCUGGAUCUCUCCAGCUCCUUGCCAGUAAACCAAAGCCCACACAAAUAAUGAGUUUAGAAGAGUGUAGAGAUGCAAGGCCUCCAUUGCCAAUGGAGCAGAUACAGACUCCUUCUCCUUGCACUUAUAACUACUUUACGUCGUUUUUCUGCGGGAACAGGAGGCCAUUGUCAACUCGUACUUCCUGCAUACCUCACUGCAGUAGUUUUGCUUCAUCUACUAUAUCAUCAUCAUCUAGAUCCACAGUUAUUCCAGCUCCUGAAAAGCUGCAAAAAUUUGUUCCUUGAGCUAGAUAGCAGCAGCAAGAAGAGUUUGGAGCUACUAAGUAAUAAUCUUUGGAUUCACAAAACUGCAGGCAAGCACCAAAAGAGACCUGAUGCAUGUACAUAUUCACUGCCAAAACUCAUUGGUUCCAACACAUCUUCUACUAAAAGCUCUCCCUCCUAUUCAAUGGGAGGUAAUGCAGGAACAAGAAUAUACAUAACUGAUUCACCAUCUCCAAAUGCUUAUGACGUCUCAAUUGCAAACAGGGUCAAAUUUAAAACACUUCCAGCUUAUUCAAUACAUCCACAACACAGAGGAAAGAGGCGACCAGUUUCUACUCCAGGCCCAGCUCAUUACCAUCCUCAAGCUAACUGCGUAUUGAGACAGUAUCCAGCCUUUUCAUUUCGUACCAAAAACCAAUAACCACCAAGAUCUAUAAAUCAGAAAUCACACACAUAAUGAUAAUAAUCUCUCUAAACACAUUUUUAUAAUGCUAUCAUAAUCAAUCAUAAA